CCAUGUUGGUGAAGGCGAGCGUCCGCGCCGGGAGCUGCAGGACCGUUGGCUCUGCGGGCCUGAACCCGCCAUAUUAAUAAAGAGAAAGGGGAGUGGGCCCUCCCUCCCUGCCCUGUAGUGUGCACGCCCCUCUUCCCGCCCGGCUGGCAGCGCCUGGUCGCCGGCCCGUUCGCCUUUGCGCGGUGACAGCGGCUUUUGCGGGGCUGCGCCGAAUGAGGGGCCGGGGGAAAUGCCGACCAAUUGCGCCGCGGCGGGCUGCGCUGCCACCUACAACAAGCACAUUAACAUCAGCUUCCACAGGAGACCUUUUUCUCCGUUCCCGAGGAAAGUUUACCCAAUUUGCGGAAAGCAAUGAGGAUUCUUGCGAAUGACGCCCCUCACAUUAAAAAGUUUCCUUUGGAUCCUAAAAGAAGAAAAGAAUGGGUUCGCCUGGUUAGGCGCAAAAAUUUUGUGCCAGGAAAACACACUUUUCUUUGUUCAAAGCACUUUGAAGCCUCCUGUUUUGAUCUAACAGGACAAACUCGACGACUUAAAAUGGAUGCUGUUCCAACCAUUUUUGAUUUCUGUACCCAUAUAAAGUCUAUGAAACUCAAGUCAAGGAGUCUUUUGAAGAAAAACGACAGUUUUCCUCCAACUGGACCGUGGAAUUUAAAGUCGAACAGUCAGCAAGUACUACUCGAACACAGUUAUGCCUUUAGGAACCCCAUGGAGGCGAAAAAAAGGAUAAUUAAACUAGAGAAAGAAAUAGCAAGCUUAAGAAGGAAAAUGAAAACUUGCCUACAAAGAGAACGCAGAGCAACUCAAAGAUGGAUCAAAGCCACGUGCUUGGUGAAGAGUUUAGAAGCCAAUAACAUGCUACCCAAGGGCCUCUCCGAACACAUUUUACCCACGGCCUUACACGAUCUUCCUUUGGAAGACUUCAAACUUCUCCAACAAGAUCAACAAGGUAAACCAUUACCAGUUCUCUAAGUGUAAGCUAGACAAGAUCUGCACUCAGGUCUUCCUUCCACAGAACCUGAUGCCCUUCUUCCCACCAUCGAAGAGACAGAGCAGUUGUACUAAAAUCACGUUCUUAAGGUUUUACUUGAAGUAACAAUCAUUGUCUAACUUGCAGAGACUUGAGUCUAAGACAAAUGGGAAAAUGUAACGACAGCUUUGAGAACACGUAGAAGUGCCUUACACGAGGACUAUGUGCUUAGACAUUGUCUAGGAAACACUGUAGAGUGUUUCUGCUUGUGUUUUCUAAACUGCUGUCAAACAGGAAUGACAAGUGAGACGUUCCUAUGAGGAAAAACAUUCUACACCAAAGUUGGGAUACUACAUUCUAAAGAAUAUGCGAGGUGGGAGCUAAUCAUUAAAUGUGAACUUAAAACCACUGGAUUUUGUAUUAAUUAAAUUAUUGGGAUUGUGGUCGAACAUUUUUAGAAUAAGACCUCUGGGGUACAGGGCAAUUUUUUUUUUCUUCUUUAACUUUUGUAUUUUUUUUUAAACUAGUCAAAAUAAGCUUAUCAUGGUUUCCUUGUAGGAACCAUUGAACUUAAAAGUAGGUUGUAAAAUAAUUUGAAAAUAAUAUUUUGAAUGUGAAAUGCCUUUGAGACUCCAAGCUAGGUGAGGCCUCAAGUACCUCAGACUGAGAAAAACUGGUGAGUUAUACUCAGCUUCUAAGAAAACAGUGCAGAAUUCAAGAUCUAGCUUUUACUUUACCAAACUAAUAGAUAAGUGCAAAUGAUCCUUUUUAUAAUAAAAGUACUGAAUUUCCAUCUUCAUAGCUGAUAAAUUAAUAAACAAGUUAGACCUGUACCCAUUUGCUCCUUGUAACAAAAUUCUUAAGCUGUUACUUCUUUUUUUUUUUUUUUUUUUUUUUUUUUUUUUUUUUU